AUGAUUAUCGAGGAACGAAAAAACCAUGAGUUGGACCUCGAAUCGGUCGAUAAGGAUUUGAGAAUGGAGAAGGUGCGCCAGAGUUCGGAGAAACUUCAAUGGGACCACUUCAGCAAAUCGGUUCGGCGCAAUUUGCUGGUAAGCUGAAUCUAAAAUAGUUUCAUUUUAAACAAUGUAAUUUCAGGAAAAACGAUAUGCCCUCGAUGCUCGCACGCGCCUUGAUUUGCUCAGUUCUCUCGACUUUAUGAGACAGAACAUGCCGAUCGACGAGACAACGACUGUCGCGCAAAAAGUGAAACAAUUGGCUGACAGUUUGGGGUGAGCUCGUUGUGAACAGUUUAUAGAAAGAGUUUUUCUGGUUUCAGAAUACGCUGCAUUGUCUCUAUGUCGCCAGCGGGCUUUCUCAUGAGAAGUGCGGACGUGACCAUUGAAAUUGGCGUUGUAGAGGAGAAAGUAAGUUGACAAUAUCUGUGAAGUAAUUCGCAAAUGUGCUUUAUUAAGAUCACUUCUUGCAAAAUGGGUUACUUCGGCCAACCGCUGUUCGAUGCUCCGGAUGCAUUGGCUCUAAUGAAAGCGAACAAGUUCACGGAUCUUCGUGAUUCGAUCGCCUCGAUUAUUGAGAUUUUGCCGAAGGAUAUCUCAGUGUACGUUAUUUAUUCAAUCGAUAG